AUGGAGGAGAAAACGACUGCCGCUCCCCCCGACUCUUUCCGCGUUGUCCUCGCCUCUGUGACGAAUCUUCUCUACCCUGUCGACAUCGACUUGAUCCACUACCUCUUCUCCAAAUAUGGAGAGAUUGAAAAGAUCGUCACCUUCAGCAAGUCGCCUACGAUGUACCAGGCGCUGAUUCAGUUCCAGAACGCCGAGCAGGCUCGCCACGCGUUGAUGAACUUGCACAGCAGGAAUAUCUACGACGGCUGCAACACGCUGCAGAUUCAGCCUUCGCGCUUGAACGAGCUGGUCGUGAAGAACAACACGCAGAAGAGCUGGGACUACACGGUCCAGAGUGGGGGACCGUCAGGGUCUGCCGGCGCAGCCUCUGACCUCCCACCCCCUGGCCAAGCUCCAGGCGCUCCGCAUGCCGCAGGCGUCGCGGCCUCGGGCGUGAACAACGGCCGGAACGUGGUGCCUCCAGGGACGGCCCCGCCCCAUCACCCGGGCGCCGGUCCCCACCAUGGUCCCCCAGGUCCGUACGGCGCUGGAGCCGGCGGCGCGCAGCACCCGCCGAUCGGCGGGGCGGUCGCAGGCAUUCAGCCGCCGCCACCCGCGCAUGCAAUGGGUCACCACCCAGGGGCGCCCGUGCACGGAGUCCGCCUCGGAGGCGCAGCGGGCCCCUUGGGCAUCCCGCACCCCUACCACCACGGCAGCAACUUGCUCCACUUGCUCGACAAGCUGCCGCGGGAGUUGAGAGAGAUCGAGUCCACCAACCCGACGCAGACGCCCGUCAUCAUUGUCUACAACCUUCCUGCGAACAUCACUGUGCAGAUGUUGUUCAACCUCUUCAGCCUGUAUGGUUCCGUUCUUCGCGUGAAGAUUCUUCGCGAGAAGAGCGACACGGCUCUUAUUCAGUAUUCCGACCCGCUGUAUGCUACCAUAGCCCUCAACUACAUUCAGGGAGCGAACGUCCUGGGCCAGUCCCUCCAGGUUGGCUUCAGCAAGAACAUGGAAGUGAAGUUGCCGCCGCCCAACUCCCAGAAGACAGAGGCGAAUGCAGAGGAGGAGAAGCGAACUGUCGCGUUCUCGAUCAAGGACCAGCGAUACGGAGGAGACGAUGUCGAGAAGUACGUCAAGGGUUCCUGCCGCCCGACAAAGACGAUUUUCGUGGCGAACCUAGACGAGAGUGCUACUGACGAGGAGAUCCAAAAGUUGUUCAAGGAGCACGGCCAAGUCAGCAAGUUCACCUUCAAAGCUCCCAAGAACGAGUCUGCAAAGACGCAGAUGGCGAUGAUGGAGAUGGGCACCGAAGCAGAGGCCGUUGCAGCGGUGAUGUAUCUCCACAACCACGAGCUCCACGGACGCAGCAUGAAGGUCGCUUUCUCGAAGACGGUGCUGUAA